AUGCCUCCUCGAAGCAAGGCGGUUCCGCCUGAAGUGAAACAAAAAAUGAUACUCGAUCACAUACGCUCAACUUCUACUUGUCACACACUCAAAGACUUGGAGAAGAUGCUACCAUCUGUGGCUAGUAUCAACGGUAUCCAGGUCAAGGAUUUCAUCAUUGGCUUGUUGAACGAGAACAAAAUACGCAUGGAAAAGAUUGGCAGCAACAACUGGUACUGGAGCUUUCCUAGUGAUGAGAAACGUGAGCGUGAAAAUGUACACGAGCGAUUACUUCGGGAUUUGAAUCGCCUCACCAAAACUGUUGAACAACUUGAAGACCAAGUACAAAAAAAGCAAGUUAAAGCCAAAGAGGAGGAAGGGACUCGUGACUCUAUAGAUAUUGAGACAGAAAGACGGACUCUAAUGGAACAAAAGGCUGAGCUGAUUACUGAAAUCGAGCGGUUGCAAGCACAGAAGACUGCUUUCGAAGACAAUGGCGCCUCUAAAAUCAAGCAAAAGACCAAGGAAAUCAACAUAUGGAAGCUGGGAACAGAAACUUGGGAAGACAAUAUCAGCGUUAUGGAGCAGUAUCUUCACAAACUUGCCGGUGGGGAUCGCGCACUAGUGGAGGCAAUCAAGAAGCAAUGCUAUGGCGAUGAUUACGAGGAUGAUCAUGACAUGUCUGAGUCGCAGUAUUGA